GGGACCAGAUUGGUGACACAUGCUUUCUCGCUGGCUGGCUUGCUCACUCUCGUGGGGACACGGAGGUCGCCAGCACCCACAGAGGGACUGACAGGCAGUCUGACUCUCUCCGUCUCCCUGUCUGUCUGCCUGUGACGUGGGCUGUCCCUGCCCCCAACCCAAGAGUCCAGGCCACCAGGCAGCUGGUCCCCAGCAGGAAUGGCCACGAGGACGCUGAUGGCAGCACUGGUUCUGGUCACUGCAGCCCAGGCAGAGGAUAAGGAUAAGGUGAUGCAUGGCGGACCCUGUGAGCUGAUGUCUCACCCCUACCAAGCAGCCCUCUACACCUCUGGCCAUUUGCUCUGCGGGGGGGUCCUCAUUCACCCACUGUGGGUCCUCACCGCUGCCCACUGCAAAAAACCGAAUCUUCAGGUCUACUUGGGGAAGCACAACCUUCAGCAAAGGGAGAGUUUCCAGGAGCAGAGCUCUGUUAUCCGGGCUGUGGCCCACCCUGGCUACAAUGCGGCCACCCAUGACCAGGACAUCAUGCUGUUGCGCUUGGCGUAUGCAGUGAAGUUCUCUGAACACAUCCAGCCCCUGCGCCUGGAAAGAGACUGCUCAGCCAACCAUACCAGCUGCCACAUCCUAGGCUGGGGCAAGACAGCAGAUGGUGAUUUCCCUAACACCAUCCAGUGUGCAUACAUCCACCUGGUGCCCCAUGAGGCGUGUGAUCGCGCCUACCCCGGCCAGAUCACCCAAAACAUGGUGUGUGCUGGGGAUGAGAAGCACGGGAAGGAUUCCUGCCAGGGUGAUUCCGGGGGUCCGCUGGUGUGUGGCGACCGUCUCCGAGGUCUUGUGUCAUGGGGUAACGUGCCCUGCGGAUCCAAGGAGAAGCCGGGUGUCUACACUGACGUCUGUAGAUAUGGCCACUGGAUCCAAAAAACCAUUCAGUCCAACUGGCCCUGACAUGUGACCUCCAACUUUUGACCUUCACCACCUUCCCAGACCUGACCCUUAAUGCUUAAUAAAGGCAAUGACACCGAGCACGAAUCCUCCCUGAUCUACCUGACCCAGCUCCAUCCCUGCAUCUCUGAGGGUGAGUGGGGACCUGGGCUAACGGGUCUUACCCCCGCCACUAAAAGAAUACAGGAAAAUCCCUUCCAAGCCUCUCUCCCUCCCUGAUUAUUCCAUGGGCUCAAUUUCUCCCUGCAAAGGAGUGGUCCCAAGUCUGGCCACACGUGAGCUGGAGUCCCAGCUCUGCCACUUGCUAGCCUUAUACCCUCAGGAAGCGCCUUCCUUCACUAUGUAAUUUUCCCAUCAGCAAGAUAAGGAUAAUAAUAGUAUAUUCCUCAUAAAGCAGUGGCGAUUCAAGGUUUUGAACAUGUGAAACAGAUGCAACAGUGUCUUGCCCACCUGUGCGAGUAAUAAAGAAUGAAUUUUAUUAUC